GCCGCGGGAGCGGCAAACUAGGGGAGAGCUCAGUCCCGGAACUGCUAGAACGAACCAUUCGCAUAUGGAGGGACACUCAUGGUACCGGCGCUGGCGCAGCUAUGCCUGACGCUGCCGACGGAAGCUGACUGGUGUCAAUUCAAGUCAUGCAGGCUGUAAGAAACGUGGGGUCGUGGUUCUUGCGGUCCUGGACUUGGCCCCAAACAACCGGGGUCGUGGCCAGGACGCCAGCCCGGACAAUCCACACAGACGCCCAGCAGCUCCAAGACGCUGCGGCCAAGCAGAAAGUUGAAGAGAAGGCGGCGGCUCCCAGCCACACCAGGUUCAGCAUUUACCCUCCCAUUCCAGGAGAGGAGAGCUCUCUGAGGUGGGCGGGAAAGAAAUUUGAGGAGAUCCCAAUCGCACACAUUAAAGCAUCCUACAACAACACACAGAUCCAGGUAGUCUCUGCCAGUAAUGAGCCCCUUGCCCGUGCUUCCUGUGGCACAGAGGGAUUUCGGAAUUCCAAGAAGGGCACAGGCAUCGCAGCACAGACAGCAGGCAUAGCCGCAGCGGCGAAAGCUACACAAAAAGGUGUGACCCAUAUCCGAGUUGUGGUGAAAGGCCUGGGGCCAGGACGCUUGUCUGCCAUCCACGGACUGACCAUGGGGGGCCUGGAAGUGAUCUCAAUCACAGACAACACCCCAAUCCCGCACAACGGCUGCCGCCCCAGGAAGGCUCGGAAGCUGUGAUGGGAAGGAAGCUUGCACUUGGACCUGACCUCAAGCCUCAGCUCCAGUGGGACCUUGUAAAAUGCUCCCUGUCAGAGCUCUCUCCAGCAUAUGCUUGUUAGAGGUCCUUCAAACAGUAAGGGAGAGCUUUGCCUCCUUAUACAGUGGCCUUUGCUUGCAUCUCCAGCUGGAGAUGGGUGUGCCCAGAAGUAAGCUUUGCAUCUCUUACAAGAGGGGAGCUACAGGGGCAGCCAUGGCCUAGACCCAACCUGUGCUCAGAGAAAAUAAAUAUCUGUACCAUCUGUCAUAA